AUGUCCCACACAAACGAUCAUGAGGAGUCAAUGUGCAUCGCUGGAACACCGACAUCUAACGAGAUCUCCUGUCACCUAAGCGAGCUGUUGGUUGAAAAGGGUGGGCUUACAGACGAUCUGGUACAGAGUCAUCUGUUUUCGGAAGUCCUGAACGAGAUACCACCCCAAGCAUUGGGGGAUUUGUCCUCCACGUUGCAGCAAUUACGUCUUUCUCAAAAGCGGUUCCAAGCCCAGCUGGAAAGCUUAGCUGCGGAGAACUAUUCGGUGUUUCUGGAGAAAUCGGAUGCAAGUCAUAGUGUCAUUGACAGGAUAUCUACCAUAGUCUCCUCCAAUUCGGUUAUGGUGGACGAAGUUCCCAACUUAACACGCUACUCCGAAAGGUUUGUUGACAAAGCUCGUGGCAUUACUGACGCAAUUAAAACAAAUACGAAAGCACUGGAACAUCACAAGCAGUUGCUCGAAUUACUGGAGCUUCCUCAGUUGAUGGAAACCUCCAUUCACAACGGCUACAUUGAUGACGCUAUUGCCAUCCUCACCUACACCAAGCGGUUGAGCAGAAAGUAUGGUCCUACGAUUCCCGUUGUGAGGUCUAUUGAGGCACAAGUGAAUGCAGUCGGCUCACAGUUGAUUCAGCAUCUAUGCAAUCAGUUGCGUUCCCCACUAUCUCUGCCCGCAUGCAUCAAGGUUAUCGUAUUCCUACGGCGUACUGGCACGUUCACUGAGCAAGAGCUCCGUCUAAAGUUCUUGCAAACGCGUACUAGUUGCCUGGAAAAUCAGCUUGCAUCUGGCCUUUCAGCUUCACGACCUGAUGAGAUAUUACGCUCCGACGUGGGCUACAUAAAGUCUGGCGGUUUCCUCAACUCUAAUCGAGCUCAGUACGAUGCAUACUGGAGGUCAACUCGCCUCAUUGAAAUCACACGCGUCCAGCUGUUUGACAUCGUCACACAAUAUCGCGCUGUAUUUUCAGAAGAGGAAAAUUUUAUGCAACAUCGGCGAACUAGCGAAUGGACAUCUGGCUCAACCAAAGACACUCGGUUUGACAACAAUCCACUAUGCUUGAGCGAUGACCUUCCGUCUGUUUCCACCAGCCGCGUAGGCUACAAUUUAUUCCAUUCUUGGCUGACCCAUCGGCUUGGCAUUUUUCUGGACACGUUUACGGCAGAUCUGGAAGCAAUGCUUUAUCAACCGAAUUUGAACACACAAGAUAUUUUGGAUAGGUGGACGUCCAACGGAUCGGGUGAUCUUACUUCGCCCGACGCUGAUCUACCAGCACUGUUCACACAAUUGCAAGCUCUGGUAUCCCAGUCUAUGUACUUCGGACGCUCUUUUAGUCGGAUAGGAUGUGACUUCAGACCACAUUUGGUAGACUUAUUCAACUCUUCGAUUCUACGUUAUGUGAAGGUGUAUUUGACCAACGCGACCACCGAGUUCUGCUUUGCACUGGAUAACCUAUUGUGGACGGUUAACGCGACCCAAGAGACAACGGUUGGUGAACAUUCGGAGGAUCAUGCAUCGACUAUAAACAAAUUGUUGUGCUAUCCCCCAAUGACCUUACUCUACAAUCGAUUCAUGGAGUUGUUCAAUGGCCUUCGCUCAUGUUGCCCAGUGGGAUUGCGUCAUCAAAUUUUGGCAGCUGUCGUCGAAGCGCUGGAUCAAUGCGCUGACCGCUUUGUGAUGUCCUAUCGUCAGUUGCUCGAUCAACAGACUAUAAACUGGCGUUCCGAAGCGUCUGCUUUUGCCUCUGUUUUCACCAACAUCCUUGUUCCUUGUGUACUGUCCUCCUCAAUGGUACUCCUACACACUGGAAAAGAGGGCGGAAAAUCAGCGCCAGGUAGACCUAAUUCAGCGUCCCAUGUUUUGGUGCAUCGUUUAGGCAAGUUGGUUUGUGCUACGGUGAAGGAAACCUGGCCACGGAUACCCGCCGCCCCUGUGCUUCCGAAAUGCGACCAGUCUUUGGAACCAUCCGCAACGGAGAAUGGUGUUUCCAACCAAUCGAGCGAGUACGUCGAUACGAAAACCGAAAUAAAUGCGCCUCCUCAGGAGACGGAAUCAAACAACUGUGUUCAGAGUACCACUGAGGAAUAAGUGACAGUGUUUUCAUUGAGAACUUAAUCUGUGAUAAGUUGUUUAUUUGCUGUUUUUUCCACCAUAUUAUUUUAUAGUUUCUUUCAAGUAUACGCUGUGGUGAGCACUGUUCUGUCUUUUUUAAAGUCUCGCAAUGAAGCUUUUUUUUAAGACUGUUAUUUACUAUCUCCCAGUUUUUGUGAUGUAACUGUGUGCUGCUGUAUGAAAUCUUGGUGUCUUUUCCUUUGCAAACAUAAAGCCCUUGGAUCCUAGCCCGAUCAGAGCCCUUGAACCAGGCCACUCAUCUGUACCACAUUGUCUUGUCCGAUCGUGGCUGAUCGAUUGUACUUUGUUGUGUACUAAACCGCGAUUUGAUCGCCCUUUUUGAGAGACCAGAGUUAGCCACUCUGGUCGUUUUGGAGGAACUUUACUGUUCAUUAGAUACGUCGAAUCACAUGUGUAAGCAGCCGGCUGACCUACUUCUUAUACCAACAAGGAAGCAGUGGGACGCCUGAAAUGAAAUUUAAUCCAUCAUAGCACUUCUCUCUGUGUUAUCUCCAACUACGAACCCUCAGGUGUCAGUAUAUAAAAAUUCAUUUCGGGUCACAGGAAGAUUGGAGAUAUUGUGUGAAG